AUGACAGAACUGAUUGAUUUGGAAUAUCUUCAGUGGGAGAAUAAGAAGUUACUUUCUUGGUCUAGGAAUGGAUUGAUAGCUUAUUCAAUCCCCAACAAUAAAGAAAAUCUUCUUCUAACAUAUCUUGAAAAUGUCAAUGGUAAAACCUGGAAAUUAUCCACCCCUCAGAAGAUUAUAGUGAAACCUAAUGAGGGCCAAAUUCCUGAAUUAUCCUUACUUGAAUGGAGUUAUUUGAAUACUGAUUUGGCUAUUUCAGAUGUUUAUGGGAAUUUUUAUAUAUUAUUAUCCGGUGUUGGAUUAAUUGACGAGAAAGAAGGAAUGAAUAGUAAUGGCAGUGUAAAUAGUAUCAAUAGUCCUAGUCCAAGUUAUGAGUUGACCUCAUAUAAUCAUUUGGAAGUGAUUUUCAAAGAUAUAAUCGUACCCAACAUUAAUUCAAAACCCAAUCACUCAUUAAAGGUUGUGGCCUUUAAAUGGCUACCUAUUGAGAAAAGUCAAUUGAUUGGUAAGGAAGCAAAAUUAGUUCAUUUACCCAAUGCCGAAGAUAAGAAGUUUGCUUAUUCUUAUGGUUUAUCUCAACAUCAACCCAAUAAUUUAUGUCACCCAAUAUCCACCAAACAAGCUUGUAUAGGUUUAAGAGCCAAUGGAGAAAUCGUGAUAUUCUAUCAAGGUGAACAUAAAGUAGAAUAUCAUAAACUUUCGGGGAAGUUAAAUGAAGGAAUUAAUAAGAAUUUAAACAUAACCCAAGCAGAAUUCGGAUUCCCUAAUGAAAAACAUAUAAUUUUAAUCGCCUAUGACGAAUUUUCCAAUAAAAUAAUAACGUAUAAGAUCUUCAUAGAUUGGGGCUUCUUAACUGAAGCAGCUGCUAAACAAAAGAUGGACCCUCACUAUAAUACCCCCAAAGAAUCACAAACUUCACCUAAAUUACGAAUCGAAACUGUAUAUCAGAUGGCACCUUUAUCACAACAUGAAUUUAAUGGUGUGAUUUACGAAGAUGACGAGAACGAUCCCCAACCUGUGAAGAAAGAAGAUGAUAUGGACAUCGAUAAUUUCACUUCCACCGCCGAUGGAAUUUACAAACCAAAACUAAGAAUUGGGAAAUUAGCAUCCUUCCAUAUAGUGUCACCUCACCUUGACGACGAAGAUUCAAUGGAUAUUUUUGUGAAUUAUUACAACUAUGACGAGAAUUUCAAAAUUUCAACGUCAAUGUAUCGAUACAGAUUGGCAGAGAGUAAUAAUCCUAUAAUAAAUGCAUUUAGUGAAAUUGGAAUGACUAAAGAUGAGGAAUCGACCAAGGAAUAUUACCUCCAGUUGUAUGAUCAAACUAAUGUCCCCAGCCAAAUCAUUGGUAUACUGGGAACUACAUGUGCUAUGGUGAUUGUUUGUGGUGAUGGUACUUCAAGGACCUUUGCUCGUAAAAAUAACACCAUAAUACAUGUGAAUGAGAGUAAUAGAUGCGAGAAGAUGCCUGAAAAGAUCUCGAGUUUGGCUGAAAUUGGAUUUGUAUUGCCAACGUUAGAGAUGAAGUCACAGAUAGCUUUUGGAUUCUCUCCAUUUUAUAAUUUAGCUUAUUUUGAGCUUAAUCAAACAGAUUUGGAUAUCAAAAUCGUUUUUUUGGAGAAAUUACAAUGCUUGGAGUUAUCACCUGAAGAAUUAUAUAAAACUUCAGUAGGGUUUGCUCUAUAUCAUUCCCAAUCAUGUUACUUCAAUCUGAACAGUGACGAUUUAUUAAUAAUAAUCCAAUUAGAAAUUGACAGGGUUAGUAAGAAGAUCGGUGAUUUUUUGGAUAUGGAGAAAAUCCCCGAUGCUUUGGAUAGUUUCAUAGAGUCUAUAAUCUGUGAAAGUCAUAAAGCUAUAAAUUUCCAAUUGGACGUUUUCAACAAAGAAACUGUGGAUAAAUUAUUGAGUAAUCCUCCUUUACAAAAACUUUUAUCAUUACAAUUGAUCUUGGGUGGGUUAGAAGGAAGAAUCAAUAAUAUAAGUCAAAAUAUUGCAUGGAUUGUAUUAAAUUUGAGAAGCUGUAGUUUUGGUAUAAUGUUCCUGUUGUCAAGUAUUUAUAGACAGCUUUCGAAAAAGAAACCAACUGAGGAUACUUACCAAGAUUCUGUUACCCGAGCCGAAUCGAUUAUAUCUUUAACAGGGAAUGUGAGAUGGUUAGUUGAGCUAAUCAUUUACCUAAAUCAAGAAUUAUUGGAAUUAUAUAUGAGUAACAAACAUAAAAGACCAUCAAAAAUUAGUUUUGAAAAUUCCAUUGUUUUACCUAUCUUAAUAAGUAAAGUACCAAGAUUAUUUUUGAUGUAUGCAUUGUCAUCUAUUAGUAAAACUCAAGAAGUUUUGAAAAGAUUACAUAAAGAUUUGGAAGAGUCCAAUAAGUUAUUCACUCCAAUGAAAGAUGCUUUAAAUCGAUACUUCACUUCAUGUUCAAAUUCUCCAUUAAAUCUACCUUUAUUUGAAACGUUUAUCAAGGAAUGUGAUGGAUACAUCUUGAAAGAAAUGAACGAUAUUACAACCAAAACGUCCAAAACUCAAGCAUUGAAAUUAGAACAACAAAUGUUCUGUCAUGGUAAAAUAGGACCGGGUUUAUUUCAAGUAGGACGUUGGAUAAUAGAAAAAUAUUCAUCCUUUAUUGUGAGAGAUUUGAAAGUAGCUGAAAUGUUUUACUAUGAUGUCAAUUGGAUUAACAUUAGUAAUGAUUUCAAAGAUGAAUUGGAAUUAGUCAGAGAUGAACCAAUUUUCACUUCGAAAAACUGUAAAACAGUUCCCCGUCAAAGAAUCAAUGACGGAUAUAUUGAUGCUCUAAGAAAGAUAAUCAUUUGUUCAAAUAGUCAGGGACUUAGAAAAUGUACCAGGUGUAGGUCAGUGUCGUUAGUUAACGAUCCAUUAAUUUUCGGCGAAGGUAAUAUAGGAUUAUGGACCAUGGUUUUCCAAAGAACUUGCGUUUGUGGUAGUUCAUGGGCUAAUGUUUAA